AUGGCCACUUUUAUUCAUUGGAGUACAAAACAUGAAGGUCUGCUUUUUAUGGUGGUCAAAUUCACACAGGUUUUACGUCGACAAAGAAGGCUUCCAGAAGAAGCUAGAGGUACACAUGCAAACCGAAAGUGUUCUUACCCAUUGCUACUACUUCAGCUCAUUAGCGUUCGUGCCCACAACUUUCCAAGACACACAAGGGUCUAA